UGGCCCCAACGUUUCAAAAUUCAGUUCGGAAGCGUCCGCCAUCGGUACACUUUCAACCAAUUCAUCGCGAAAGGAAGAAAACUACACCACACAGCACACAGUUACUAUGAAUAACUGGCGUUUACUACUACUUGCGGUAGUCGCGGUUUUUCAACCUAUUGCAUCUUUCACCGAUCGUAACCUCAUUGAUGGAAGGCAACAGUGUUGUGAUCGUCUUUCACCAACUCUGCUUCAAGAUACAAGGUCUUCGUUUUAUGGAACACACCGGCUCGCCAAAACUUCUUCGGUCUUAAGACGUCUGAACAAUGGUGAGGAAAUUCAUGAAGAUCGACGUUAUGAAGUGAAGCAACGUGACUAUAGCCGUUCUAUGACAGAGAAACCACCGAUAGAUAACAAAGAGAGGGUUUUACGACUAGCACCCUCUGUCUCUCCCGAGUCACGUGUGGACGGUCGUGAGAACUCCUUUAGUCGUGAGCGCCUUCUAGAUGUACAACAACGACAGGCAAUUACUCAAUCUACUCGAGACCUCAAACCACAGGAUCUAAACCGUAGAGUUGUGCUUCGCACUUCUAGGUAUGCCGUAGAACGUCGGGAUGGCAGGAUCUCCACCGAAUCAACAUAUGACAGGAUGGUUAGAGACGAUCAUCGAAUUGGACGCAGUUUUCAACGAGAAACACAAAAAGAACAAUUCAGAUACGAAGAUCGUAGAUUAUCCCGGAAUAAUGAUCUACGACGUUUUCUCAGUCAAGCAAGACCUGAAGUAGACAGAAUUCAACCUGAAAGCGGUAUGAUUAAUCGACGUGUUACAAGGGAAAGGCUCAGUAUGGCUCGACGCGAAGAUUUGCAACCCAUCCGCGAACAAAUUUUUGGAGAACACCGAGAGACCAAAACUGAAGAUCGACGAGAAAUAAGGUUAUCUACACGAUCUUUUAACUCAGAAAGUCGAAACAUCCGUGAACUGAGGGACGAGUCCAGAGCAACCCGAACUGCCGAUAAAGAGGGACGACAUUCUCGCGAAAUGAGGGAUGAACCUAGACUGAGUCGAUUUGAUACAACAGAACGACGAUCUGCUGACAAAGAAACCCGAAAUACUCGAGAAAUGAGGGUAGUUAUAGAUGUAGAACGUAGAAAUUCCCGUGAAAUGAGGGACGAACCUAGGCUGAGUCGAACUUCUUCCGUAGAACGCCAAAAUACCCGCAAAAUGAAGGAUGAAUUUAGGUCAAGCCGAUCUGUUGACGAACAACGUCGAAACUUCCGCGAUGUCAGAGCCGGAUUGAGUUUAAGCCGAUCUGCAGGCGCAGAACGCAGAUACGGUCGUGAAAUACGCGGUGAAACUCAAACUGGUAAUGAUGAACACCAAAACUUCCGUGAAAUAAGAGACGAACCUAGACUAAGCCGAACAACUUUUGUAGAUCGUCGAAAUAUCCGCGAAAUACGGGGUGCAUCUAGACUAAUACCAACUGCUCCUGUAGAACGCCGAAAUACUCGUGAAAUGAGGGACGAAACUAGGUUAGACUCAUCUACUGAAACAGAACGCCAGAACUUCCGCGAAAUACGAGGAUCCAGGCUCAGCCGAUCUGCUGAUGGAACACGCCGAAAUACCCGUCAAAUAAAAGACGUUACAGACGAAGACCACCAAAAUACACGCGGCAUGAGGGUCGGACUCAGUAGAUUCGCUGGCUCAGAACAUAGGAAUUCUCGGCAAAUAAGGGAAGAAUCGACGUUAAUCCGAUCUACUGAAGCGGUACGUAGAAAUUCCCGCGAAAUGAGGGACGAAGCUAGGCUAAAUCGAAAUGCUGAGAAAGAAACCAGGGAUAUCCGUGAAACAAAAGAGGAAUCCAGGAUAACCCGAUCUGCAAACGUAGACCGUCGAAAUACCCGCGAACUGAGGGACACACUUCGGCUGAAUCGAAAUACAGAAUCAGAACGCCGAAACUCUCGUGAAAUAAGACAGGACUCUAGGUUAAGCCAAUCUGCUGAUGAAGAACCCCAGAACUUCCGUUAUGUAAGGGCCGGACUGAGACAAAGCAGAUCAAUUGACGUAGAACUAAGGAAUACUCGCCAAAUGAGGAAAGAAUCUGGAUUAGACCGAUCCGCUCCCGAAGAACGCCGAAACAUGCGUGAAAUAAGAGAAACCAUUGACGCUGAACGCCGAAACUUCCGAGAUGUUAGAUUUAUUAGGUCUGCUGAUGUAGAACGUAGGAAUUAUCUGGAAAUGAGGAAAACUACUAAUGACGAACGCCGAAACUUGCGCGACAUAAGGGGCGGACUACGACUAAGUAGAUCUGCCAACGCAGAGCCAUCAUUUGAAACUGAACGCCAGAACUCCCGUGAUAUAAGGGAGGAAUCAAGACUAAGCCGAACUGACAGAGAACGCCGAAAUACUCACGAUAUUAGGGCCACACUUAGACUAAGCCGAUCUGCUGAUAUAGAACGUAGGAAUUCACGUGAAAUAAGAGACGAUUCUAGACUUAGCCUAUCUGGUGCUGAUGAACGCCGGAACUUUAGAGAUGUAAGGGCUGGAGUGAGGCUAACCAGAUCUGCUGAUACAGAACGUAGACAGUCCCUUGAAAUGAGGGACGAAUCUAGGUUAGGUCUAUCCGCUGCCGUGGAACGUCGAAAUACUCGCGAAAUGAGGGAAACUACUGACGAAGAACGCCGAAACUUCCGUGACGUAAGGCUAACUAGAUCUGCUGACACAGAACGCAGUCAAUCCCGCGAAAUGAGAGACGAUUCUAGACUUAGCCGAUCUACUUCUGAGGAACGCCGGAACACCCGCGAAAUGAGAGAAACUACUGACCAAGAACGCCGAAACUUCCGUGACGUAAGAGUCGGAGUAAGGCAAAGCAGAUCUGCUGACACAGAACGCAGUCAAUCCCGCGAAAUGAGAGACGAUUCUAGACUUAGCCGAUCUACUUCUGAGGAACGCCGAAACACCCACGAAAUGAGGGAAACUGCCGAUAAAGAACGCCACAACUUCCGUGACGUAAGGGCUGGAGUAAGGUUAACUAGAUCUGCUGACACAGAACGCAGUCAAUCCCGCGAAAUGAGAGACGAUUCUAGACUUAGCCGAUCUACUUCUGAGGAACGCCGAAACACCCGCGAAAUGAGAGAAACUACUGACCAAGAACGCCGAAACUUCCGUGGCGUAAGAGUCGGAGUAAGGCAAAACAGAUCUGCUGACACAGAACGCAGUCAAUCCCGCGAAAUGAGAGACAAUUCUAGAUUUAGCCGAUCUACUUCUGAGGAACGCCGAAACAUCCGCGAAGUGAGGUCAACUACUGACGAAGAACGCCGAAACUUCCGUGAUAUAAGGGCUGGAGAAAGGCUAAGCAGAUCUGCCGACACAGAACGCAGACAAUCCCGCGAAAUGAGGGAUGAAUCUAGGUCAGGUCCAUCUGCUGCUAUAGAACAAAGACAAUCCCGUGAAUUGAGGGACGAUUCUAGGUUAGGCCGAUCUGCUUUCUUAGAACGCCACAAUGCCCGCGAAAUUAUAGAAACUAUUGAUGGAGAACGCAGAACGAAUUUCCGUUACAUAAAAGCUGGAGUGAGGCUAAGUAGAUCCGCUGUCGACGAACACAGUCACUCCCGCGAAUUGAGGGACGAAUCUAGAUUAGAUCGAUCCACUGCCAUUGAACGCCGGAAUACCCGCAAAAUGAGGUUAAUUACCGAUGAAGAACGCCGAAACUUCCGUGAUGCAAGGGCUGGAGAAAGGCUAAGUAGAUCUGCCGACACUGAACGCAGACAAUUCCGCGAAAUGAGGGAUGAAUCUAGGCUAAGUCGAAACUUCCGUGAAGUUAGAGAUGAAUCCAGGCUAAGCCAAUCUAUUGAUUUAGAACGCCGUAGCAAAGUACACCACGACAGAACGGAACUUGGCAAGAAAAAUGAAAACAGAGAACGAGAGGUAGUUGAAGCUCGUCCGCAAAAUGUACUGCUGUCCAGAAAUCGAGACCAAGUUUCAAUGAUGAUCAACAAAAUAGAAUCAGAAAAAGAUUUUACCACAGCUAACUGGCAAUAUGUUCUGUAUACAUUGCAAGCUGCAUAUUUGUGCGCCCUCUUCCUGCAGUUACUGAAACCAAGUUACACAGAAAAGCCACAUUUCAGGAGUUUCCGUUGGCUGCCUGUAUCUUCUCACUACAACCCUAUCAAAGUGGACUAAACGGCUAUGCUAUAUUGACAUCUGUAAU